AUGUCGUCCUUGCUAUUGACCAACGAAACCCUCUGUUCCCCACGCCCAUCGGCGGUGAAAGACAGCGGCGACACUCGCACACCGGUUGUCAUCAGGACUACUCUGAAUGUGGAUGAUAUCGCAGACAACCACAUCGUCAUUAGGGUCGACCGCUUUGGCUUCUCCGCGAACAAUGUCACCUACCAGGCUCUAGGUGAGCAUCCACACUUCAGAUACUUUGAUUUCCACCCGGCGCCUACGCCUGAGCUUGAAAAGACCCAUGGCUUGAUUCCGGUCUGGGGCUUUGGCACGGUUGUGGUGUCUAAACACCCGAAAAUCCCCGUUGGAGAGCGGGUCUAUGGGUACUUUGCUCCUUCCAAAUACCUCGUUGUUCCAGUAUCACCGUCGGACGUGAACAAAUACGCGUUCUACGUCCCGAGACCACGCCUUCCCGAAGACCGGCGACCCUACAACCAGAUCCAACGCUGCGGUUCUGAUCCAAUGUACGCCCCGGGUUUGGAGGCAGAGAACCUCACCAUGCUCUACCGGCCCCUCUUCUGGACAUCCUACUGGUGCGAAGAUUGGCUGCACUCAACCGGUUGUUACCAACCCUCCGCCCAAUUCAAUCUCUCCAUCCUCAUCUCCUCCGCUUCCUCGAAGACAGCCUUCUGCCUCGCCUACCUCAUCCGAAAGCGCAUUAAAUCUGGUGAACUCAAGAAUGUCAAAAUCAUCGGACUAACGUCCAAACGGAACGUCACAUUCACUCAGAAACUUGGCCUUUACGACGAAGUGUACGAGUACAACACCUUCCGCCAGGGCAAGGCCUUUCAAGGCGAAAAAGAGAGACAGUGGAUUUACGUGGACGUUGCCGGAAAUGACAAGCUUAACGACCAGGUGCGAGAACACUUCAGCUCGCCAAGUGUAGGAAGGAUCAUCAAGAACGUUGCACUGGGUGUGACCAAUCUGCAACCAACGACAUCUGCCAACGACGACAUGAAGUGGGCACACAACGCGUUCGACCCCACUGCCCCGGCCCUCGCUGCUCCACACAUCCGCUGGCCCAACGUCGAGCAUUUCUUCAUGCCCGAGUGGCUUAAUGUCCGAAAGCAUCAGCUGUCAAUUCAGGAGAUUUUCCAGCGACAAAUCCAAGCGUGGAGCGAGCUGAUGAGGGAUUGUACGCAUUGGGUGGAACUUCAGCCUGUCUAUGGGGCAAAUGAGGUUAGGGAUGCGUAUAUUCGUCUUGCGAAGGAGGGACUGGGACCCGACAAGGGACUCAUUUGGAGCCUCUGGGAACAGGAGUCGUCGGACAGCAUUAAUGCGAAGCUAUGA